GCAACAGAUCCCGACGCCAACCACCUCCCGCACUCUCCAUCAACAACUCGGUUAACUUACAGACUGCGAUACCGCCCAGCUGCCACAGCCCACUUCACCGCCCACGAUGAAUCCUGAAUACGACUAUCUCUUCAAGCUCCUCCUCAUCGGUGACUCCGGUGUUGGAAAGUCUUGCCUGCUUUUGCGAUUCGCUGACGACACAUACACCGAGUCCUACAUCUCCACCAUCGGCGUCGACUUUAAAAUCCGGACGAUUGAGCUCGAUGGCAAGACGGUGAAGCUACAGAUUUGGGAUACUGCCGGCCAAGAACGGUUCCGCACCAUCACGUCGUCCUACUACCGGGGUGCCCACGGCAUCUGCGUCGUGUACGAUGUCACCGAUAUGGACAGCUUCAACAACGUCAAGCAAUGGCUACAAGAAAUCGACAGAUAUGCCACUGAGGGCGUCAACAAACUACUCGUAGGCAACAAGAGCGAUAUGGCGGACAAGAAGGUGGUCGAGUACACAGUUGCCAAGGAAUUCGCUGACAGCCUCGGGAUCCCGUUCCUCGAGACGUCGGCUAAGAACGCGAGCAAUGUCGAGCAAGCCUUCCUGACAAUGGCCCGCCAAAUCAAGGAGCGGAUGGGCAGCAGCAUCACCACUAACACGAAAGAGAGGGUCAACGUCGCCCAGGGCCAGGGUGUCUCGGACGGCCAGUCAGGCGGCUGCUGCUAGAGGACCCCGGGUAAAGCGCCGUAGGCGUACGCGCGCGAGCUCUCUCAAACAACGCACACUGGCUAAGCCCCGUCCCCAUCCCCAUACGCUUGGUGUGCACUCUCUUCGGUGUUUUAUG